GCACAGUCCCUUCCCAGCUUCAAUCCGCGCCACCUUUUCCCUCGGCCCGCGCGGGGCCCAGCUGACGGGCCGCGUUGUUUACGGGCCGGAGUCGAGCCCUCGCUCCCGCCGCCGCCACCAGCCCAGGUGCCCGCCCGUUCGCGCGUCCCUCUGUUUCAGACUCCACAGAACGCGACCCACCCAGAGCUGCACCGGGCGAAGAAACAGGAGGCCUGGAAAGGGGGCGCACGGCGGUGAGCUCUGGACCCUGCGAUUGCAGGCACGGGACCGGGCCUGGGUGACCCGGGGCCGUAGUCUGCGGGCCGCGCCACCUCGUUGGUUGAAGCUGAGGCCUCUGUGCUCUUCCCGGGGCUGUCCCCAGGGCCCUCUCGCCUGGAGAGCUGCGGCCCGCGAGCCACCGGCGUGGAAGAGACGGGCGCGUGGCCCCUAGAGCCUCUCCGGCGACCUCCUCGCGGACUAUGUCCCCAGCGGGACGGCGUGGCGUGCUCUGAUCGCCGGGGUCCCUGCGCUCCUACAGCCAUGGGCUCCGGGAAACGACGUGAGACCUUGCCGUUGCUGGUGGCCGUGGCCGCGUUGCUGGUGGGCGCAGCCGGCCACCUGUACCCCGGCGAGGUGUGCCCUGGCAUGGACAUCAGGAACAACCUGACCAGGCUGCAUGAGCUGGAGAACUGCUCAGUCAUCGAGGGCCAUCUGCAGAUCCUCUUGAUGUUCAAAACCAGACCCGAAGAUUUCCGAGACCUCAGUUUCCCCAAACUCAUCAUGAUCACAGACUACCUGCUUCUUUUCCGUGUCUAUGGCCUGGAGAGUUUGAAAGACCUCUUCCCCAACCUUACAGUCAUCCGAGGCUCCCGCCUCUUCUUCAACUAUGCCCUGGUCAUCUUUGAGAUGGUCCACUUGAAGGAGCUGGGGCUCUACAACCUCAUGAACAUCACCCGGGGCUCUGUCCGCAUUGAGAAGAAUAAUGAGCUCUGUUACCUGGCCACCAUUGACUGGUCUCGGAUCUUGGAUUCUGUGGAGGACAACUACAUCGUGCUGAACAAAGAUGACAAUGAGGAGUGUGGGGAUGUCUGUCCAGGCACUGCCAAGGGCAAGACCAACUGCCCUGCCACCGUCAUCAAUGGGCAGUUUGUGGAACGGUGCUGGACACACAGUCAUUGUCAGAAAGUUUGUCCGACCAUCUGUAAGUCACAUGGCUGCACAGCUGAAGGCCUGUGCUGCCACAAGGAGUGCCUAGGCAACUGUUCGGAACCCGAUGACCCCACCAAGUGUGUGGCCUGUCGCAACUUCUACCUGGAUGGUCGCUGUGUGGAGACCUGCCCGCCCCCUUACUACCACUUCCAGGAUUGGCGCUGUGUGAACUUCAGCUUCUGCCAAGACCUUCACUACAAAUGCAGAAACUCUAGGAAGCCCGGCUGUCACCAAUACGUCAUUCACAACAACAAGUGCAUCCCGGAGUGUCCUUCUGGCUAUACAAUGAAUUCCAGCAACUUAAUGUGCACCCCGUGUCUGGGACCCUGCCCUAAGGUCUGCCAAAUCCUCGACGGCGAGAAGACCAUUGACUCUGUGACAUCUGCCCAGGAGCUCCGAGGCUGCACUGUGAUCAAUGGCAGCCUGAUCAUCAACAUUCGAGGAGGCAACAAUCUGGCAGCUGAGCUGGAGGCUAACCUUGGCCUCAUUGAAGAAAUCUCAGGGUUCCUAAAGAUCCGGCGCUCCUAUGCUCUAGUAUCGCUUUCUUUCUUCCGGAAGCUACAUCUGAUUCGAGGAGAGACCUUGGAAAUCGGGAACUACUCUUUCUAUGCCUUGGACAACCAGAACCUCAGGCAGCUCUGGGACUGGAGCAAGCACAACCUCACCAUCACUCAGGGCAAGCUCUUCUUCCACUACAACCCCAAACUCUGCUUGUCAGAAAUCCAUAAGAUGGAAGAGAUUUCUGGAACUAAGGGCCGCCAGGAGAGGAACGACAUUGCCCUGAAGACCAAUGGGGACCAGGCAUCCUGUGAAAAUGAGUUACUUAAAUUUUCUUUCAUUCGGACAUCUUUUGACAAGAUCUUGCUGAGGUGGGAGCCCUACUGGCCCCCUGACUUCCGAGACCUCUUGGGAUUCAUGCUUUUCUACAAAGAGGCCCCUUAUCAGAAUGUGACGGAGUUUGAUGGUCAGGAUGCUUGUGGCUCCAACAGCUGGACUGUGGUAGAUAUUGACCCACCCCAGAGGUCCAACGACCCCAAGUCUCAAACCCCAAGCCACCCUGGGUGGCUAAUGCGGGGUCUCAAGCCCUGGACCCAAUAUGCCAUCUUUGUCAAGACCUUGGUUACCUUCUCAGAUGAACGCCGGACCUACGGAGCCAAAAGUGACAUCAUCUAUGUGCAGACAGAUGCCACCAAUCCUUCUGUCCCCCUGGACCCCAUAUCGGUUUCUAAUUCCUCAUCUCAGAUUAUCUUAAAGUGGAAGCCCCCCUCUGACCCCAACGGCAACAUCACACACUACUUGGUCUACUGGGAGAGGCAGGCAGAGGACAGCGAGCUGUUUGAGUUGGAUUAUUGUCUCAAAGGGCUGAAGCUCCCCUCACGGACCUGGUCCCCACCUUUUGAGUCUGAUGAUUCUCAGAAGCACAAUCAGAGCGAGUAUGACGAUUCAGCCAGCGAAUGCUGUUCCUGCCCCAAGACCGACUCUCAGAUCCUGAAGGAGCUGGAAGAGUCUUCGUUUAGGAAGACCUUUGAGGAUUACCUGCAUAAUGUGGUUUUUGUCCCCAGAAAACCCUCUGCAGGCAGUGGUGCCGAGGACACUAGGCCAUCUCGAAAGCGAAGAUCCCUUGAAGAGGUGGGGAAUGUGACAGCCACCAUGCCUACACUUCCAGAUUUUCCUAACACCUCCUCCACCAUUGCACCUACGAGUCAGGAGGAACACAGGCCAUUUGAGAAAGUGGUGAACAAGGAGUCACUUGUCAUCUCUGGCCUGAGACACUUCACUGGCUAUCGCAUUGAGCUGCAGGCAUGCAACCAAGACUCCCCAGAAGAGAGGUGCAGUGUGGCUGCCUACGUCAGUGCCCGGACCAUGCCUGAAGCUAAGGCAGAUGACAUUGUUGGCCCUGUGACCCACGAAAUCUUUGAGAACAAUGUUGUACACUUAAUGUGGCAAGAACCAAAGGAACCCAAUGGUCUGAUUGUGCUGUAUGAAGUGAGCUAUCGGCGAUAUGGCGAUGAGGAGCUGCACCUCUGUGUCUCCAGGAAGCAUUUUGCCCUGGAGCGGGGCUGCAGGCUUAGAGGGCUCUCCCCAGGGAACUACAGUGUUCGAGUCCGGGCUACCUCCCUGGCAGGCAAUGGCUCCUGGACAGAACCCACCUAUUUUUACGUGACUGAUUAUUUAGAUGUCCCAUCAAAUAUUGCCAAAAUUAUCAUCGGGCCCCUCAUCUUUGUCUUCCUCUUCAGUGUUGUGAUUGGAAGUAUUUAUCUAUUCCUGAGAAAGAGGCAGCCAGAUGGGCCGAUGGGACCAUUGUAUGCAUCUUCAAACCCUGAAUACCUCAGUGCCAGUGAUGUGUUUCCUUCUUCUGUGUACGUGCCGGAUGAGUGGGAGGUGCCUCGAGAGAAGAUCACCCUUCUACGAGAGCUGGGGCAGGGAUCCUUUGGUAUGGUGUAUGAGGGCAAUGCCAAGGAUAUCAUCAAGGGUGAGGCAGAGACCCGUGUUGCAGUGAAGACUGUCAAUGAGUCAGCCAGUCUCCGAGAACGGAUCGAGUUCCUCAACGAGGCAUCGGUCAUGAAGGGAUUCACCUGCCAUCAUGUGGUUCGCCUCCUUGGGGUGGUAUCCAAAGGCCAGCCAACACUGGUAGUGAUGGAAUUGAUGGCUCAUGGAGACCUGAAGAGUCACCUCCGUUCCCUGCGCCCGGAUGCUGAAAAUAACCCAGGCCGUCCUCCCCCUACCUUGCAAGAGAUGAUUCAGAUGACAGCAGAAAUUGCUGAUGGCAUGGCAUACUUGAAUGCCAAGAAGUUUGUGCACCGGGACCUGGCAGCUCGAAACUGCAUGGUUGCUCAUGAUUUUACCGUCAAAAUUGGAGACUUUGGGAUGACGAGAGACAUCUAUGAGACAGAUUACUAUCGGAAAGGGGGCAAGGGCUUGCUGCCUGUACGGUGGAUGUCACCUGAGUCCUUGAAGGACGGAGUCUUUACUGCUUCUUCUGAUAUGUGGUCCUUUGGGGUGGUCCUUUGGGAAAUCACUAGCCUGGCUGAGCAACCAUACCAAGGCCUGUCUAACGAACAGGUGUUGAAAUUUGUCAUGGAUGGAGGCUAUCUGGAUCCACCUGAUAAUUGUCCUGAGAGACUCACUGACCUGAUGCGCAUGUGCUGGCAGUUCAACCCCAAGAUGAGGCCAACCUUCCUGGAAAUUGUCAACCUGCUGAAGGAUGACCUCCACCCCAGCUUUCCAGAGGUUUCCUUCUUCUACAGCGAAGAGAACAAGGCUCCCGAGAGUGAGGAGCUGGAGAUGGAGUUCGAGGACAUGGAGAAUGUCCCCUUGGAUCGGUCCUCUCACUGUCACAGGGAAGAAGCUGGGGGCCGGGAGGGAGGGUCCACUCUGAGCAUCAAACGGACCUAUGAUGAACACAUCCCAUACACCCACAUGAACGGGGGCAAGAAGAAUGGGCGUGUGCUCACCCUGCCCAGGUCAAACCCUUCCUAACAGCGCCUGCUGGGGAAGAACUCUUUCUCUUUUAAAACUCUUCUCUAGUUUGACCGCCUCCAGGAAACUCAGGAUUAUCAGGACUCUACCCAGAUGUGAAACUGAGCUCAGAGAUAGUUCAUACACGUUUCUGUUUGUCUUUUGACCUAAAAAUACACACGUGUGAUUGCCAACCCUGCAAGCCAGUGGAGGGCUAACUGUGAACCUAGAGGGGUUGGGCUUUCCACGGACACGUUCCCCUCUCCCAUCCACGGUUUCAAACCAGGAUAUUGUUGUUGCUGUUGUUUUCCUCGUAGGCUGAAAGAAUGCACCUGUUUUUACAGGCAUUUUUCUUUUCUUGCUAGUGUCUGAGUUACAGUUAGUUGUCAAGGACAGAAUUUAUUUAUGGAACACAAGUAAGAAAGCUAAGGAGAGAGAGAGACGGAAAAAAACAAAAAACCCAACCCACAGCACCCUGUUCUACAAUUACAUGCUUUGCAGGGUUGGGCUUUGAGAAGAUUUUAUUAAUCUGAGAGAGGGGCUUUAUUUUAGCUUUGUUUUCUUCAUUCACAAAAUCAGUUCCUCAAAUUGACCAAUAGCUGCUGCUUUCAUAUUUUAUUUUGGGAAAGGGUGUGUAGUCCUCUGUGUGUGCUUCUGUUCACACCUGUGUGUGUUUGUGUGCGUGUCGCGUCCAGGCUAGAGAUCACAGGGUGGGGUGGGGAUUGUGUGUGUGUGUGUGUGUGUAAAACAUUAUCUGGACUGAUGCUUGGGGAAUUUAUUGGCUCAUGAAGCUCCUGCUGCUUGGAGUGGGUGACCUCACCUUGUCCUUCCUUCUUAGGGUCUCAGCGUCUGUACCAUCUAGAGAUGCUUCUCGGUCAUUUCAGAAGUCGUGCUCAGGUGUCUUCUUUCCCUCCCUUUGGCAAUGUUUUCCAAAAACUGAGGGAGGACCAUUUGGUCUGGAUUCAUCAAGGGUGUUUGGAAGACCAAACAAAGCAAAGGACACACACACACAAGUACACACACCGGACAGAAGUAGAAAGAAGUCAGAUAAUAAUUUUGAGAAUAUAUUUGUAACAUAUUUAAUGCUUAAGGAAUCUCUGGCAUGAGCCUAAUAAGUUAUUAUUUCUUUGGGGGCAGAGGAAGUAGUGGGCACACCUGCCUGUGUAGGGAGACAGGAGGGAAUGGCCUCUUGUGUUUGGUCUUUGAAGCACAUGUUUUUUGGGGAAUUAUACCACAUUAGCUGCUAGCCCUUUAGGACACUGUGAGGCCUUGUGGAGUAUAUGGGAAACUGGAUUUUUGACUGAUUCUUCUAGCAAGUUGGACUGGAUGUCUCUUGCUUGCAUACACUGGUGGUCCUGGAGCUGAGCUGGCCUUCCAGAACACCUGUGUUCAUCUUUGGGUUUUUCUCUGCUCGUGUACCUCACCUCUUCAAGGCCUACUUGUUGCUCAGUCAUUGUAUAAACACAGAAAACUCAUCCCAAAGACCAACGGCACAGGAGGACUUUGAGAACACUAAGCAAUAUAAGGAGAUGCCCCCUUAGGAUAGCAGUUGGUCUCCUCCCCCGGGGGACAUCGGCUGUUCUCCACACUAAACUCCCACAGCUGCUCUUGGUUCCCAGGGACCUCAGCUCGGGCAGGUGUGGUGCCUGAGUCUCUUUCUCAGGUGCUAAUGUUUCAGUCCCUAGAGACUACAGUCUGGAGGAGAAGACAUCAGAGACUUUCUUGCCACCACCAAGAACUCCUGAAAGGAUGUGAACCCACAGCUUCCUCUCUUUGCAUAAAACUACAGCUGCUCAAGUAAAAGAAGCAAACAGCCAUGGUGAACUCAUGGAUCGGGGCUCAGAAUCCUCUCACACGUUCUUCCCUGCCUGUGUUUCCCCACGAAUAUCUGAUACCUUUCUUCUCCUCUAAGAGAUGCGAGAUAAAGACACAGUGUCCACCCCCAAAUCCUCCUAAUUCUUGGUUGAGAACACAAGUAGACACAGAUUCUGAUUGCCAGUUGCUGUCAAAUUCAUAUUAGAAAAGCGACAGAUGUAAAAUGUUACCAGGGAACUCGGUGGUUGGUACAAGAAGAAAGUCACGGUUAUUUUCACCCAAAUCACUUUGUAACUAGAGGGUUUGUGCAUCGGUGGAAGACAUGUAGGUCUGAUAUUUGUUGUUUCUUUUUCCUUUUCACAGUAAAUUUGUAGUGGUCAGAUGCUACACUAGCAGGAAUUUCCACAUUUUUCUAAUUCAAAAGGUUUUCUUAUAUUACUGGGGAAAGUAUUUAUUUUAAUAUAUAAAAUCACUCUUGAAAAUCACUUUUGUAAAAAAAUGGUGUGCAUGUAAAUUUUUUUUAUCAAGGAAAAAAUAAAAACAGGUGAGUGUGGGUCAUGUUUUUAUUUCUCUCAGCACAGUCUACCUCAGUGUCUUGUUAGGAUGAGGUUCAGUCCCAGGCGUCGAGGCUUUGGAAUUCUGGCUGGAUCGUGCUCUGAGUUGGGGAGCUGUGUACCAGCUGAUUUCCGAAUGCCACAGACUAGGAAGAACUUUGAGGGAGGGAGUUGGAAUGAAGUUAGAACCUUCCUGUGAACAUGGAUUCUUCUCUUCGCUGGUAUUCUUCUGAGUGUAACCGUAUACAGCUUUUUGUUGAUGCACACUCCUCACACAAGCCGUGCUUCAGUCCGUCUUGAUUUAGCCUCUCUGUGAGGUCCUCAUGUUCAGGUCUUUUGGGGAGAGGUAAUAAACUACCACCGACAGCUGUCACACGAAAUCUCCCAGACAUGAAUGCAAAGGCACUUUGAGUUCUCUGACCGUUAUUUCUCAGCUCUUUUCAGACCUGUGAGGCUUUGGGUGUCUGAGGGCACCUCCUAUACAACCAGCCAAUAUGAGGGCAUUUGGGGGAAAUCCUAAUCCAAAACCCAUUAGUUUCUUGAACAUAUUUUGAACAAUAAAAUAGGAGCCCUCUGCUAGGAAUUGGUUGCCCUCAAGCUGACACUGUUUGGCCUUGUGCAGUUUUGGGAAGUCUGGAAGUCAAGGCAGGGCCAGCAUGGCCCCUGUUUUCAGGCUUCCCAUUUCUUACUUCAUCUUGGGGCACAGCCCUUGAAAGUUCACUCUUCUCCAUCUUCUAUGGAGAGGUGUACCAACUUGGGAUGACCCUAUCAAAAAGGACUUCACCAAUUCCAUUUUGAUAUCUAAUGCUGCUGGGGAGGGAAUAAGCUGUUGAGUUAUGAGACUCAUUUUGGCUUCAGAAGAUAUUAGCUUUGUAAGAAAAGAAUCUUGGGACCUAGAAAAUCGUGGCUCUCCCGAGAGUUUGUAGUGAUGGGUGAGAGGGGAACAAAAGAAACAAAACCAGGAUACAUUGACACUUCGCUGUGUGUUUUGGAAGAUGUCUCAUCAUUUUAAAAGUCUUUUUAUGAUGGUGAAAGUCACACAGCCAUUUCUUCCAGGAUAACAGCAGAUAUGUUUUCUGUCUGGUUCAAUGAUAGCAAGCACACACCAGGAAAUGUUCGUGUUCUGGAGCCCUUCUAGAUGCUUCCUGUCGUUUGAAGCUAACUGGAUGGGAAGAGCACUAAUGGUUUUCUGGAGUUAGGCUGAGCACAGUUUGGGAGAAUGUGGAGAUGGGCAGGGAGAGCUGCAUGUCUAUUUCUGUGGCUUUUGGGAGUGAUGUCACCCAACACAGGUCAUCCUUACUAUCUUACCAGGACAGAUAGUCUACCAUGCAGAGUGAUUAAUUAUGGGGUUAAGGACUAUAAAUUUAUUUGAAGUCCACCAUAACACUGGCCAGUGAGCAGUAUCACUGUGCAAGUCUAGUUCAUACUGGCAAUCUUAGCAAAUGAGUGGCUGUCAUUCUACCAAAGGUUUUUCUAGUUCCUGAUAGGUGAAUGUGUUCUGGAUACCAGCUGGUGACUUCAUGAGAACAUAUAAUCUUCAAAAAUUAUAGUUGUUUUGAACAUGGAAAAGAAAAAUGCUGAUUUUGUGUAAAUGACACACAUAGGGUAGAGCCAUUUUAAAAAACCUUCCAGAAUGUUCCUCAGAAUAUGAAUUUACACAAGAGAUGAGGUUGUGAAGUAGGAAUAAAUGAUUAUCCCUUGCUGUUUAAACUUUUAAGAGACCAUGACUGAAGGCAUAUUUAUCCUCAGGUGGUCCUCAAGAAAUAGAGAUCCGUGAGUAUUUGCGCUUACUUGAUGCCAAUCAAGGUUCAGAAUCAGUCUCUGGUCAAUUUUUUAUCUAUAUGUGAGCCACUAAAAAAGCAAAACAAAAACUUGUUAAAAACUAGAUUAUGAACCUGGGACCCAUGUUAUCAUUUGAGAAGGAAGGACCCUAAUGUGUGUGUGUGUGUGUCUGUGUGUCCAUGCACAUGUCCAGGAAUGGCUUGUUUGGUCCUUAUCCUUUGUAUCAAAGUUGCUGCUCCUUGCCCCUUUAUGUGCCUGGGUAGCUACACCCCAUAUAUCAGCAGUGUGGGAUCAAAUGUGCCACAGUGCUGUAGAAAACUCAGAAACUCAAAACCCACCCAAAACAGUGAUGUUUUCUUUUAAGAGCCAAGUAGCAUCAUGUACAGAAUAUGCCUUCUUUGUGAGGGGAGGGGAGGGGCUGAAAUUGUUCUGCAUGUACAAUACAGGCUAAUUACUUGUUUAUAUUAAAAUUUGGAAUAAAUUA